GGCGCAUGACGAUAAACGGAAGUAGUUCAUUCCUGUGCUAUGUGCGUGUUGUAUCCCCGAAUCUAAAAUAUGGAACAAAAUAAUGACGGGAGCCUGACCCAGGUCCGGCAUGUUGUGUUGGUCCUGUCAGGGAAGGGAGGUGUGGGCAAGAGCACCAUCACCACAGAGUUAGCUCUGGCUCUCAGGCAUGCUGGCAAGAGGGUUGGUAUUCUGGACGUUGACCUGUGUGGCCCCAGUAUCCCGCGCAUGCUGAGUGUGGGCAGGCCUGAUGUACACCAGUGUGACUCAGGCUGGGUGCCAGUCUACACUGAUGCCCAGAAGAGCCUCGCCCUAAUGUCCAUCGGUUUCCUACUGGAGGACCCAGAUGAAGCAGUGGUGUGGAGGGGGCCCAAAAAAACAGCUAUGAUCAGCCAGUUUGUGUCAGACGUAGCAUGGGGGGAGCUGGAUGUGCUGCUGGUGGACACGCCACCGGGGACGUCUGAUGAGCAUUUGGCCGUACUGGAGAACCUUAAAAAACACAGAGUGGAUGGAGCCGUUUUGGUCACCACACCGCAGGCAGUAUCUACAGGGGAUGUGAGGAGAGAGAUCACCUUCUGUAAGAAGACAGGAGUACGAAUCCUGGGCAUUAUAGAGAACAUGAGUGGCUUUGCUUGUCCACACUGCUCUGAAUGCAGUAACAUAUUCUCAAAGGGUGGUGGUGAAGAAUUGGCCAAACUGACUGGAUCCGUGUUCCUAGGUUCUGUGCCCUUGGAUCCUCUGCUCGGCAGCAGUAUAGAGCAGGGCAAAGACUUCAUAGAGUCAUUUCCCGACAGCGCCACCUUCAGUGCUAUCAACAGCAUUUCACAGACUCUGCUCGAGAGUCUCCAAACUUGAGCCAUGACAUUAAUUUGCUCACAUUUCUGGAUUAUGUUCACAUUUUACCACAUAGGCUCUGUGAAAAGUACAAUAUAAUGCAGAACUACUAGUCAUUGUGGAAAUGUAAUGAUUUUGAUGUUGCAUUUUGUCCUGUACAGUUCAUAAUAUAAAACUAUUUACUGAA